AUGGCCUCCUCGUUGUUUUUGUUAACUGUGACUCUCAGUAUUGUUGCUGCUGAUAUUGGUGCUUACUUUAAAGCGCAGAACCAACGGCCAGCUGCAGCAGCAGUCUUUACUGAUAGCUGGGCUGUUGAGGUUCAUGGUGGAAUUGAAGCUGCUAAUGAGAUUGCAGAGAGACAUGGCUUCACAAACAUGGGAAGAGUUGGUGCUUUUGCUAAUAUUUAUCAUUUCAAAAUGAGCUCCUCGGCUAAUAAUGAUGAAAAUAUUAAAUCCGGUACUGAAAUACAAUACAUGAGAACUACUCUCAAGUCAGAGAUAAACGUAGGGUAUGUGCAACAGCAGAGUUUACAUAACUGGGAAAAGAAAUAUUUUCAGCCAACAAGUCAGGGAGAUCGACUAUGGGGUAGCCAGUGGACAGUUAACAAUACUGGUCAAACCAGGGAGCCAAACCUUUACCUUGAUCUGAAUGCAGAACCAGCAUGGAUACAAGGAUAUACUGGCAAUGGAAUAUUAGUUGGUGUUGUGGAUGAUGGAGUGGAGCAUACUCAUACAGACCUAAGGAAUAACUAUGUAUCAACAUACAGUUAUGAUUUUAACUAUAAUGAUAGUGACCCAUCUCCUGUUGGAACAGAUUCCCAUGGAACUGCUUGUGCUGGUGAAAUUGUCAUGGCCCGUGAUAAUAAU